AUGGCAGCAGACAGCAGCAUGGCUCCUGAAGAAAAGCCGAGAACUGCUCCUGUGAAAAGGGCUGUCCACAAGAUCCGGAUGGCCAGCCAGGUCUUCAGCUUGGCACGAGGCUGGCAGCAGUGGGCAUCUGACCACCAUGUAAAGCAAGAGCAAGAGCCCUCUGGAUGGGUCCCCACUGCUGAAAGCUCAUCAGCUGAGCCUGUACAAGAAAGUUCCUUUGAAAAAUGGCAAAUUCCAUCUGUCAAGAGGGACCAAGAAAAAGAUGAUAAAAAAUCCUUAGCAAAGGAAUCAGUGACAAUAAGAGAUGCUGAGAAAAAAUCAACGGAAUCAGAUGAAGACCUCAAAAUGUUCAGCAUUAAAAGCAAAGAGGUGACCAAAACAGUCGUCAGCAAAGCCUACGAACGAGGGGGUGAUGUCAGCCUCCUCAGUGAAAGAUACGAGAACAACAGCAGCUCCGAGAUGACCAAACUUAAAGAAGAAUCAAGUGCUAUUGACAAAAUUCUUAGUAACAAAUUACCUUCAACUAUAAGGAGGAGGUGUUCAAAUGUGGUAUCAGAGCUGACCAAGGGCUGGGAGAAGAUGGAAGAUGAGGACAAAGAUGGGCCCAAGGGAGAGCUGCUGCUGAAAUGUCGUGAUGACAGCCUGGAUGCUCAGGACAGUGGCUAUGGGGAAGCAGAGGACAAGCUCGAGCAGGAAGACAGUGACCGGGAGGUGACAGCUGUGAGGAUUAAACGGCCUGUCCCAUCUCUCGCCAGCCGGCUGAGCGAGGAGGCGCGGAGCAAGGCGCGCAGGAAAUGCAGCGCCGUGCACAGCCUCAAGGACAGGUGGCAGGAAUGGGCCGACCAGCACAUCAUAACACAGAAGCUGAACCCCUUCAGCGAGGAGUUUGACCACGAGCUGGCCAUGUCCACACGCCUGCACAAAGGAGAUGAAGGAUACGGCCACCCAAAGGAAGGAACCAAAACUGCUGAGAGAGCCAAGAGAGCUGAGGCCCACAUCCACCGGGAGAUCAGGGACAUGUGCUUCAUCAUUGAAUCAAUGGCCAAGCCACGGCCCGACGGCAAGAUCCAAGUCACUUUUGGGGAACUCUUCGACAGAUACGUUCGUAUUUCAGAUAAGGUUGUUGGGAUUCUGAUGAGAGCCAGGAAACACGGGCUGGUGGACUUUGAAGGAGAAAUGUUAUGGCAAGGAAGAGAUGAUAAUGUCAUAAUUACUUUAUUAAAAUAG